AUGAAUUCCUCGUUGGUUUCCUUUCUCGCUCUUCUCGUCAUCGUAGCGACGGUUUCGGCUCAAUUUGGUGACUUUGAAGGAUAUGGGCCAAUCCGAGCGAGACGUGCCACCUAUACCUACAAUGGAGUUUCAGCCACUUAUCCCUACUAUCGAAACGGAGCCACUUUCUCCUCGCCAACCAAUGGCUACAACAACAAUGGACAGUACUACUACAAUGCAGCUAACACCAACACUUUCACUUCGGGCGGUAACACUUUCCGAUGCUCUGGUGGAUACACAUACAACGGCGCCUUCUAUCCGUACUGCUCCGGA